AUGCUGUACCAAGUGGAGAAGAAAGCGCACGCCAAGAUGGUGCUGCAUGCACUAAAAAAUGCACACACAGCCGUCAACGGUGUUCUCAUAGGCACAUCAACAGCCGAUAAAGUAACAGUAGCCGAUGCGAUACCAUUAUUCCACACACGCCUAAUGCUGCCUGCCAUGGCCGAGGUUGCUCUAGCACAGUCGGCUGCAUAUAGUGACGAGAAAGGCUUGGAGAUAGUCGGGUAUUAUCACGGAGACGAGAGUGUUGGCAAAAAUGGUACAUUAAGCAUGCCCACAGACAAUACAAACGCUACUGUUAUCGCCAAUAAAAUCCACGACAAGUGUAGGUCGGCGUGUGUGCUCAUGUUAAAUAAUGCGAAUUUCAAGGCCCCCUUCGACUCUGUACUACAGAAGGAGUGA